AUGUGUGACUUGGUGUCGUACAUUCCUGACAUUUUGCAGAUUAUAAAUUUUGUGGUUGUUACAAUUAUUGUCAAGGAGAAAGGUAUGCCUUGGUUAUUUCUAAAAAAGAAAAAGCUUAUCGUAUUGUUGAUAAAACUAUUGCAAUCAACUAAAUUCUCUUCACCGCCACCCGAAAAUCUCGCUACCCUCCUAUUCCAGCAAACGAAAGUUGGUAUCACACUAAGCGAUUACGGUAUUGUGUCAACGACAGAAUUCGCCAGUUUUGUUGAUGAUAAUGACGAGAUGUCUACAACAGAAUUUGCAGCGCAAGCCAAACGGCCAGUUUUGUCGUUGAUGACGACGAGAAAUCUAUAUCAGACUUUGAUCAAGCAAGGAAACACUGCCGUUAAAAAUACACCGCGAAAAUAUCAACCAUUUUGUCAUCCGGGAAUGUUAAGUAUUGUAAUGCCAAAGAGAAUCGCUGAAGCUGGAUCGCCAGAGAAGGUUAAUGUGUCUGAAGACAAAAGAUAA